AUGCUCGCCGCACGCCGCAGCCCCCGCUCGCUCUCUCUCUCCCGUGUCGCUCGCUCGCUCUCCACCGAGGCUGUCUCCUCCUCCUCCCAGCUCCCUCCGCCCCCGCCUCUCUCCAAACACCCAGCAGCCAAGCCCUCGCCCCGCACACGCCUCAGCCCCGCUCCACGACCAGCUCAUCCUCCCCACAAGCAGGCUUUCCCCCACCUCCCGCCCUCCUUUGGUCGAAACCAGAUUCUCCCGGUGACCGACUCGACUCGUGCCCUCCUCGAGAGCGUUGUCGCCCAGUUCAAUGCUCCAAUCCGGUACGCUUUCGCAUAUGGCUCGGGUGUGUUCGAACAGGAUGGAUACAACAACACCGACAAGCCCAUGCUCGACUUCAUCUUCGCCGUCACCCAUCCUGCCCACUGGCACUCCAUCAAUCUCAAUCAAUUCCCCGGCCACUAUCCUCUCCAUGCUCGUCUAUUAGGCUCCUCCUUCGUCUCUAGAGUAGAGGCCAUCAGCCCCGGUGUCUGGUUCAACACCCAUGUACCCGUGAACGGCGUCACGAUCAAGUAUGGCGUCACCACCGUCGACAACCUCUGCGGUGACCUCCUCAACUGGCGCACCCUCUACCUCGCCGGCCGCAUGCACAAGCCCGUCCGUAUCAUCAAGGACGAUGCCCGUGUCCGCCUCACCCAGCAGGUCAACCUCACCUCCGCCGUGCGUACCGCCCUCCUCACCCUCCCCGCUACCUUCUCCCAGCAUGAGCUCUUCACCCGCAUCGCCGGCUUCAGCUAUGCCGGUGACAUCCGCAUGGCCCUUCCCGGCGAGAAUCGCUCCAAGGUCGCGAACAUCGUCGCUCGCCAGCAGGAUCAAUUCAAAGAGCUCUACCACCGCCUCGUCGUCGCCCUCCCCGGCGUCCACUGGCCUGCCCACCUCGAGACCAUCCAUCAGGACAUCACUCCCCAUGCCCGCGCCGCUCACCUCCGCAAGCUUCCCUCCAAUCUUCUCAAGGGCGUCACGGACCACUAUGCGGCCCAGCUCCCCCCAAAGGAGGUGGACGAGAGCGUGUACUGGACGCGGCUCGCGGGCGACGAGGGCCUCCCGGGGGUGCUUGACCACGAGAUCCGCAGGCUCGUCCGGUACUCCUCCGCCGUGCAGUCGGCCAAGGGCGUCGUGAGCGCCGGCCUCGCGAAGAGCGCGCGCUACAGCGCCGAGAAGGUCGGCAAGUGGUGGAGCAGCGGCAAGACGGGCGCAGGUAGCCCGUAA